UGAUGAGGGACACUCGUCCGAGGAAUUUCUUAGCGCAUUAGCCUAGUGACCCCGCCCGGGCAGCCCUUCUAUCGUUUGUGGUAGUCUCCAGUCAUGGAGCGUCCGGCCAAGCAGAGGAAAACCCGCUCUUCCUCAUCAGGGCGUCGAGGCCGGCGAGCAUCCGUGUCGCCAUCAACGAGAGACCACAGUGGCCAUGACGAGCACGAGAUGCAGGCAGCGACCGGGCAGCAAGAUCACGGCGGUAGUAUGAAUGUGGUGGACGACGGGGCCUUCGAGCAGGUGUAUGGCGAGGUCCGGGAGUGCUUCGAGACUGACCGGAUGUGCAGGGCCUUCUGCAAGACCGUCAUCCAGAUGGGAUUCGGUACGGAGACACAGCCAGAAACAUCUUCGUUGCAUUGCAUUGCAUUGUGGUGUGUGGUGUGUAUUGUGGAUGAUGACAUCCAUCAGUGCGCGGCGAGCGGUUGGGAAAGAUAUGCCAUCUCAUCGAGACCAACGUGCGGACAGACACCAAACACACAUACAUUCGCCCACCCACCCACCCACCCACCCAUGCAACCCCAUGCACACGGACCACUUGCCGCACUCGUGUGCCAUGCUCUCUCUGUGUUUUUGUGCGUGUCUGUCAUUGUCUGUCAUUCGUGCUGCAGAGUGGGUGUUUCCAAGUAGUGGGUGCCUCGGGUAGCGGCAAGAGCUCCCACGUGCGGGCGCUCCUCCGCAACCUCGCGCCAUGGCCAGUCGUGUACGUGGACUUGGGGCGGUGCGGCGACAGCCCCAAGGCCACCAGGCUCAAGCUCCUGACGGGGCUGCAGCGGUACCUGAGCAGAAACAACCCCAUGCGCAAAAGGAAAAGUACACAAAAGAGGGCGGCGGGCAUGGCAUUGGUUGGGUGGGUAUGGCUGUGCUUGCGCGUGUGGUGUCUGUGUGUGCAGUCACAUCGGCAUCGACGCACCAUCGCAAGUUUCCCAAGACGUUCAGCAGCCUCCUGAGCUCGCUCUACGCAGAGAAAGCCAAGCGGGCCAUCCUGGUACUGUGGGGGGACCACCUCUUGCCAUCCACCAUGCACACACACCCAUUGUGUGUGUGUGUGUGUGUGUGUGUAGGUGUUUGACGGUGCCCAUGUGCUCCCGUCGCAUGACUACCAGCUGUGGUGGACCCUGAGGCAGCAGCACCGCCUCUACCACAGCCCCAAGUGCGUCGCCGUGUUUGUGUCCAAGCGGCCUCUCGACGUCCCCAGAGAGAUGGAGGGCGACCAUCCCAUGCCUCUCGUCGAGUUCACCCCCUAUACUACCGGUCAGCCAGCCACCCGGACACACACGAGAAGAUCUUCCUUUCCCUCUCUCUCUCGAUUUGCGUGUGGAUGUGUGUAUGUGUAGAUGAGUACCGUAGCAUACUGCGGAGCAGCUAUGACCGCAUCGGCGUGGCGGCCAUCCGGCAGUCUGGGUACUGGGGGUUGCAACAGCAGCAGCAGCAGCGGGAGGGGGGCGGUGUAGAUGCAAGUGCAGAGGUGGUGGUGGACAUGGAGAUAGAUGAUGGCGGGGACAAGGUGGACGUAGACAUGAUGGACGCUGAGACGCACGGCGCUGCUGCUGCCGCUGCUUCCAGUGCCAGCGCCAAUGAUAUCGGCCAAUGGCUGCACACACACAGAGGUGAGCUGCGGCGAGAGAUGGAGCCAUGCAGGCGGUGGUUGAUCCAUAUUUGUCUAUCGUCAGGUGUGUUGUUGCGUUGGUGGAAUCGGUUCAUCGAUGUGGUGCUGAACGUGGAGAGCAGCAGCAUGGGAUCGGACUUCAAACAGAUGCAGGACAUUGCCAGGUCGGUGCGAUGCGAUGCGUGGCUGUGCAACUAACUGCAGAAACAACUCACCCACACCCACACCCACCACCCUGUCUGUGUCAAUGUAAUGUGCCGAUGUUCAGGAUCCUGUGGCCGAGAUACAUUGCCAAAUUCCUCAUAGACAGUACACGCACACACAACAAACAAACGACCCAACACCCACAUGACAUGGAUGACGUUCUGUUGUCUGUCUGUGGUUGGUUCUCUCCCUGUCUGUCUGUCUGUUCGUUGGUUGUGUUGGACAGAGCGCGUGAGCGACGCAGGUGUGUCGACUGUGGCCAUGACCAAACAGCUCAGAGACGACCUGGCCAAGUGAGUGAGAAUGGAGAACUCGGAGCCAGCCAAUAACCCACCCACACCGCCCACAGCAUAGCAUACACACGUGUCGUGGUUGUGGGUGGAUCCCUCUGGCCAUCGAUGGAUGGAUGUCUGUCAGGAUCCGGUACCAUCUGCACAUGCCCGACGCCUAUUUCCGCAGCCACCCUCCCGCAGCACUCGCACACCUGACCACCGACACACCACACACCACCAGCAGCAUCACACUCAAAAGUAGGCAAGGGAACGAACAAGUGGAUGUAGGACACAUAACGGCACCGGAUUGACCCGCCCCCCCUCUGUCCCUCUCUCCGUCGGUGUGUGUGUGUGUGGGUCAAGAGUGGUCCCUGUUGCCUGUUGCGAGCAAGCUGCUGCUGGUGAGCAGCUUUGUGGCGGGCUACAACACGCCCACCAACGACUGGCGGCUGAUGCGGCCCGACUCUGCCGGCACAUCGCGCGGCAGAGAGCAAAACCAAAAGCAUCGCAGGCAGAUUAAGGCGCAGAAACAACUCAUGGACGAAAUGGACACACAGGUACCUCAGCACACUCACAGAGAGGGAGGGAGGGAGGGACGGAGAGGAGGGAUGUGUGUGUGUCUUCGUGUAUUCCCGCGUGUGGGUGUGUUCAGGAGCAUUUGUAUACCAGGGCCCCCCAGCUGUUUGAUGUGCCCCGUCUGCUGGCCAUCGCCGAGGCCAUCCGCACCGGCGUGUUGGACAAGAAAGACAACCUGGAGAGACACAUGACCCUGCACCAACACGUACCCACCCACCCACACACACAAGCAACCACCCUUCCCUCCCUCCCUCCCUCCCUCCCUUCGCCCCCAGCACACAUGACAUGGCAUCGGUGUGUGUGGGGGUGGGUAGGUGGUGCAAUUGGUGCGGCUGGGGUGGUUGGUGCUGUGCAAGGACCGGGAUGGCGUGCCUGACGAGCUGGGCGGCCGUCGCCAGAGGUGCCAGUAUCGCACGCCGAGGUCCGCGGCGUCCGCACACUCCAACAGAGACCUGGGCCGCCAGCUGCUCGACAACAAGGCCAAGAUGCUCACAAAUGUACGCCUGUGUGUGCGUGUUAAAUUGCAGCGGGGGAAUCGCGUGCAACGAUGUGUGUGUGUGUGCGUGUGUGUGUGUGGCUAUAGGUGCGGUACACCCAGGCGCUGGAGUUGGCGAGAGACCUGAACAUCCGGCUGUGCGAGAUCAACUACAUUAAGAAACGAGACUGAUCGUUUCUUGAUGUAUGUGAUCUCGCACAGGCGGAUGUUGAGGUCUCCUGACAGACCCCCACACCACGCCGACCCUGAUGCACCACACAGAUGCAUCUGGGAUGGGUGGGUGUGAUCUGACACCGGUGCUGUGUGUGCAUAUAUCGUGGCCUGGUGUGGACUAGAUAAAGGCGGGAAGUCAGUUGUGGGUAGGUACAGACAUCCAGCGUACGUGUGAAGGCUCAAGGCUCGUGGGUUUGGCG